CCGGGCAAGGAAGCUGUGCUAGUUUGGGCGGAAGUAAAUGGUCGUGGGGAGAGGACUGGGGUGCGACUUCAGCUGGAUUUUCGCACCGCGAAGGUGCUGUUAGCCUGACUUGCCCGGUGUCUGUGCGUCUUAUCUGGGCAUGGUCGUCGGCCAACUCGCUGUCUUCUCAACAAGGCUGUAAGUCCCUUGUGCUCUGGAAGCAGAUGCACUUUAAAUGUCCCACCCUGGCUGACCUUGAGACUUGAGAAAAGAACAGUGGAAGAAAAAUUGAAGAUGGAGACCCAGAACCUUGAUCCAUAUCAAGGACUUUGCUCUGUGAUAGAAGAAUCAAAUCAACAGCCUCUGUGCCCCGAAGCCUCUUCCCCCAAGUUAUCUGUGACUGAACUGAGCAGGGAAUUAGACUCAAAGAGUGAGCUGAUAGAUGAUAAAGAGUUUGAUAUUCCUCAGGUUGAUACUCCUCCAACACUGGAAAGCAUUUUAAAUGAGACCGAUGAUGAAGAAGAGCCAUUUGUUCUUGAGGACCCCUCUCUUCUAAAUAUUGACAAUAUUGACACACAUUCAUAUGAUACAUCAUCUGUAGCAAGUUCUGACAGUGGAGACAGGACACACCUGAAAAGGAAGAAGAGACUUCGUGACUCCUUUUCUGUUCAUGGCUCAGUUAUACGACUAUCACUUUUGAAAGGAAUUUCUGCACAAAUAGUAUCUGCAGCAGCCAAGGUGGAUGCUGGCUUACCCACUGCAAUAGCAGCAUCAAAUCUUAUUGCGGUGGGAACAUCCCAUGGUUUAGCACUUGUAUUUGAUCCUAAUCAGGCUCUUCGGCUUUGCUUGGGCAGCACUGCAGUUGGAGCACAGUAUGGGGCUAUAUCUGCUCUUAGUAUCAACAAUGAUUGUUCAAGACUUCUAUGUGGCUUUGCAAAAGGACAGAUUACAAUGUGGGAUCUGGCAAGUGGAAAGCUAUUGAGAUCUAUAACCGAUGCCCAUCCUCCGGGGACAGCAAUUUUACACAUCAAGUUUACAGAUGACCCAACUCUAGCAAUUUGCAAUGACAGUGGAGGCUCAGUAUUUGAACUGUCAUUCAAGAGAGUCAUGGGUGUGAGAACAUGUGAGUCUCGCUGCUUAUUCAGUGGCUCCAAGGGAGAGGUUUGCUGCAUUGAGCCUUUACAUGCAAAAGCAGAACUGAGAGACCAUCCUAUCACUCAGUACUCUCUCUUGGCAAUGGCUUCCUUAACAAAGAUUCUUGUCAUUGGAUUGAAGCCAUCUUUGAAAGUUUGGAUGACUUUCCCAUAUGGGCGUAUGGACCCAUCUAGCGUUCCAUUACUGGCAUGGUAUUUUGUUGCUUUGCAGACAGCAGUGAAUCCUGUCCUUGCCUUCUGUCGAGGAGAUGUUGUCCAUUUCUUGUUGGUAAAAAGAGAUGAUUCUGGAGCCAUACAUGUUACAAAGCAGAAACAGCUUCAUCUACACUAUGACCUCAUAAAUUUUACAUGGAUCAACUCCCGCACAAUUGUGCUUCUGGAUAGUGUGGAAAAGCUUCAUGUCAUAGACCGUCAAACACAGGAGGAACUUGAAACAGUUGAGAUCUCAGAAGUUCAGUUAGUUUAUAACAGCAGCCACUUCAAGUCACUGGCAACAGGAGGAAAUGUCAGCCAAGCACUGGCACUAGUUGGUGAGAAAGCUUGUUACCAGUCGAUCAGUAACUGUGGUGGUCAAAUUUUUUAUUUAGGUACAAAGUCUGUUCAUGUGAUGACAUUGAGGAGCUGGAGAGAGAGAAUAGAUCACUUUUUGAAACAAGAAUGCUUCAAUGAAGCACUGGCUCUUGCUUGGUCGUUUCAUGAAGGAAAAGCUAAGGCUGUUGUAGGUUUAUUGGGGGAUGAACAUAAACGGAAAGCAGUUGUUGCAGACAGAAUGGUUGAAAUUCUUAUCCAUUAUGCUGAUAGAACUAUGAAGAAAUGUCCUGAGCAGGGUAAAAUCCAAGUUAUGGAGCAGCAUUUUCAGGAUAUGGUCCCUGUUAUUGUUGAUUAUUGUCUUCUGCUUCAGCGGAUGGAUCUGUUAUUUAGUCAGAUAUAUGACAAGAUGGCUGAAAACUCUGUGGCAAAGAGUGUCUUUCUGGAAUGUCUUGAACCCUAUAUUUUGAGCGACAAAUUGGUGGGCAUGACAGCUCAAAUUAUGAAAGAUCUGCUCCUUCACUUCCAAGAUAAGAACCUAAUGGCAAACUUGGAGGCUUGCAUUGUACAUAUGGAUAUCACCAGUCUAGAUAUACAGCAGGUAGUUCUCAUGUGUUGGGAAAACCGUCUGUAUGAUGCCAUGAUCUAUGUCUAUAACAGUGGAAUGAAUGAUUUUAUUACUCCAAUGGAGAAAUUGUUCAAGGUAAUUGCUCAUCCCCUUAGUGCUGGAAAGUCUCUCUCAGAUGAGCAAGUCAUUAUGGGCAACAAGCUUCUUGUCUAUAUAAGUUGCUGUUUGGCAGGUCGAGCUUAUCCACUAGGCAACAUUCCAGAAGACCUUGUCCCUUUGGUGAAAAACCAGGUCUUUGAAUUUCUUAUCCGUUUGCACUCAGCUGAGGCACCCACAGAUGAAGAGGUUUACCCCUACAUACGUACAUUGCUACACUUUGAUACACGGGAGUUCCUUAAUGUUCUUGCACUGACAUUUGAAGAUUUUAAGAAUGACAAGCAAGCUGUGGAAUAUCAGCAGAGAAUUGUGGAUAUCCUACUCAAGGUUAUGGUUGAAAAUUCUGAUUUUACACCAUCACAAGUUGGAUGUCUUUUUACUUUCCUUGCUCGACAGCUUGCUAAACCCAACAACACACUAUUUGUGAAUAGGACAUUGUUUGACCAGGUCCUUGAAUUCCUCUGCAGUCCUGAUGAUGAUUCACGGCACUCUGAGAGACAGCAGGUUCUUCUAGAAUUGCUCCAAGCUGGAGGCAUAGUACAAUUUGAAGAGAACAGACUUAUUCAAAUGGCAGAAAAAGCUGAAUUCUACCAGAUUUGUGAAUUUAUGUAUGAACGGGAGCAUCGCUAUGAUAAGAUAAUUGAUUGCUACUUGCGGGAUCCUCUAAGAAAGGAAGAAGUUUUCACUUACAUCCACAAUAUACUCUCAAUUCCUGGGUACAGCACAGAAGAAAAGACAUCUGUGUGGCAGAAAGCUGUGAAACACAUUGAGGAGCUGAUCUCAAUAAGUCCCUUUAAAGCAGCUGAUCUGAUUUCCAUUCACUUCAGUGACCAAAUUGAGGACAUUAUUCAGAACCUGCAGGAUCGGUAUCUGCUGUUCCAGUUUUUGAAAAGCCUACUUGACCCAAGGGAAAAUGUCAAUCAAGAUAUGUUUCAGAUUUCUCCCACUGUUACUGAACAGUUUAUUGAGCUGCUGUGUCAGUAUGAUCCUGACCAGGUUUUAGAAACGUUACAGUUCCUAGAGACGUACAGGCUGGAAGAGGCAAUUCAGGUUGUACAAAAACACCAACUUCAUGAAGCGUCUUCCUAUCUUCUUGAGAAGAAAGGAGAUAUUCAUAGUGCCUUCUUAGUUUUGCUGGAGUUUCUAAAAAAGAGGCUGUGGACACUUACACGUGAAGAUGAAAAUUCAACACAGUUUUCUUCAUUAAAAGAAAUUGAAGACACCUUGGGAAAAACAAUUUCACUUUGCCAGAGGAAUUCACACAAACUGAAUCAAGAGCAGAGAGAAGCACUGUGGUUUCCACUCUUGGAAGCAAUGAUGACCCCCCAAAAGUUAUCUGGUUCUACAGUGCUAUGCCAUUACUCGGAAUUUCUUAAGAAUUUGACAAUGCAAGUACUGAACAAUAUGGCAGCAUUCAUUGCCCUACCAUUGAUCUUACAGAGAAUUUUACAGGAUCCAGUGUAUGGAAAAGGAAAACUUGGAGAAAUUCAGGGUCUUGUGCUGGGCAUGCUAGACAGCUUUAACUAUGAACAAACACUUUUGGAGACAACCACUAGCCUGCUGAACCAUGAUCUCCACUGGUCUUUACGUAAUUUAAAAGCAUCUGUGACUAGAGGUCUCAACCCCAAGCAAGAUUUCUGCUGCAUUUGUUUACAGCAGUACAAGAGAAGACAAGAGACUACUGACCAAAUCAUAGUCUUCAGCUGUGGACACUUGUAUCACUCUCUUUGUUUGCUGAGUAAAGAAUGUGGCACUGAAACAAAGGGACAUAUGAGAUGGACUUGUUUUAAAUGCAGUGCAAGCAACAAAGGAGGAAAAAUAAGUGAGACUUCUGCAGCAAUGAAGAAGGGAACUCCAGUGUCUCUGGCACAGACCAGCUCAGAAUCCCUGUUGGAUCCCCAGCAAACUCAAGCUUUUGACCAGCUUUGUCGUCUGUACCGAGGAACCUCCAGGUUGGCUCUUCUGACGGAACUCUCUCGAGAUCAUGGUGGUGAGAAACAUGGGGUUCUCCAUGUCUCCCAGGGUGAUUCUGCUCUGAAUAGUGUCUUUCAAAAUGAGACUUUCCAGCUUCACCUCACUCCUCCUCCUCCUCUUCCAGAAGACUAAUCAUGGUUUACCGGAACACUACAAAGGCCUCUGAAAAAUAUUUUAUGUUACUAUGGUAUUAUAUACCCUGAUGGUGGAACCACCUCAGAGGAUUUCACUUUACCUGACGUAAACAGGAGAUUGCCAUAGUGCACAGUCUUGAUAAGAAAAAGAAGAAAUCACUCUUAUGUGAUUUAUUUAACAAAGCAGAAACAUUUUUAAAACAUCUAUGGGGGUCCUGUCAAUAGCCUUUGAUGAAAGCUAUAAACUUUGCCAAAUGUUUUUUUCUUGCUGGAGCUGAACACAACAAUACUUGCAGCAGCUGUAUUUUCCUUUUUUUAAGCCCCAGGGAUAAAGAGUCCACAUCCAGAGCUUAUUUAAAUAAUUGAAACCUGUUUCCUUAGACAAGAGAACCAAAAGAAUAUGAGAAAUGUCACUCAUCCAAUAUUGACAUUUCUAGGGUUUCACUGACUCAUUUGAAUUAAGAACAACUCAUAGAACCCUAUAAGCAUUAAGUAAGUAGGGUGUUCAACUGUAACCUAAAUGAGAUGGAACUGUCAAGGACACAACAUUUGCAAAACACUUGUGAAACUACUUUGUCCUCUUUUGAUUUCAUCCAUCCUAAUAAAUGUCUAUUGUUAGCCUUCACUAACAAUGGCUCAAGGUUUGCUGUGGCAAAUACUAUUUUUUUAAAUCACUAACUAGUAUAGUAAAUCAGAAAUUCUGCCAACAAAGCACAUUGCAGUACAGUAUACCAUUUGGCCAACUUGACCAUGGCAAAUACUUAGUGCCAGGUUGUGUCUCUGUUCUGAGGCCUGCACUAGCUGUGUGCCAGGAUUUCCACAGUGAUCAAACUGUUCCUACUGUAACAGAAGAAAACAGGACAUUCAUCAUUUAUGAUGGCUGCUGCUGAGUUGCUGAGCUGCCUGGAAAGGACAUUCUCUUUGAUUGCAUCCUGCCCUCAUCCUCAUCCCGUUUAUCUGUAAUGAACUCAGUACUGAAUUAAAGGAAAGAAUUCAGAUGGUUGUCAAUGCUUCCCCCCCCGCCCGUUCCUCCUCUUAGUGGAAAAUUAACAGCUUGCCACAGGAGUAGGUUUUAAUGGGACUAAUGGCAAAUGUCUCCUAUUUUUCUGUAGUAAAGCACAAGCUGCCUGUCAGCAUCCUGUUUAAUGAGCUUACAUCUCCAAGAUGUGGCAGUUAUUUCCCCUUACCUGUUCAAGGGAUUUCCUGUUUUCAUGACAUCUGUCAUUAUACGUAGCAAGUGCAGAUAAAAGGUUAGUGAAAGCCUGUUGAUCUGCUUCAGAGUACAGUGUCAGCAGCUGAUGAAAAUGUAUGUUCCAUUUUGUCAUAUUUUCCCAUUUAAUAUUGUGCUUCAACGUUUCUUGUAAAAAAGCAGUUAACUAAUUAAAGGGACAAACAUUUCCAAGUGUAA